CGUUGGCAUCAGCCAAACACUACCUUAAACUUGAAAAUCAAAUUUAGAGAGAGAAAAAGAGAGAGAGAGAGAGAGAGAGAGAGAGGGGGGAGAGAGAGAGAAGCCGCCCUUCGUUCUCAGAAAUCAUGUGAGACCACCUCUAGCAAUCAUCGCCAUCUUCACUCUUCUCGUGUGUAUAUUUGAAAAAUUAAACCUUAUAUGAGUCCCUGGUAUUUCAAAUUUGCCUUCUCUACAUUAGACAUGUCUGGACUUCAACCCUCAUUGAUGGUGAGAGAAGAUAAACGAAGAACAGAUCAGAAGUUCAGCUUAAUCUACCAUAUCUGAUUAUCAAACCCCAUUUUCUUUUCUGGGGUUUUUGCGUUUCAAAAAUAUUCUUCAAGCCCUCGAUUGAUUUUCUAGGAAAAUAGUUGAAAGAUGGAAAGUUCAGCUGAGAAGAGUAAGAGAAAAGAUGGGUCUGAGUCGUCUGAUGUCACCGAUUCGGCUGCCGAGUGCAGAGACAGCAGCACAAGUUCGAGUAAAUCCAGCUCCGAUGCUUCCGUAGACGAAGCCAAGGUUACGAAAUGUUCAUCUCCUCCUCCAUUGGGUUGGCCUAUUCGAAAGGCCAAAGUGUCCAAAUGUUUGAUUUCUGAUCUGUCUGAAGAUGAACACAAACCCCGUUUGGAUGAUUCGAGGAAGAAGAAAUUGGGUUCGGAAAUUUCAGAAAUUGAGAUGAUGAAACAGAGGUUUGCGAAGUUGUUGCUUGGUGAAGACAUGUCAGGAAGUGGUAAAGGGGUUUGCACAGCAUUGGCGAUUUCAAACGCCAUUACUAAUCUCUGUGCUACUGUUUUUGGCCAACUUUGGAGAUUGGAACCUUUGCCUCCUGAGAAAAAAUCAAUGUGGCGAAGAGAAAUGGAAUGUCUUGUUUGUGUUAGUGAUCACAUCAUUGAAUUAAUACCCUCUUUUCAAAACUUUCCUGACGGAAACAAGCUUGAGGUUAUGACUUGCAGACCGCGAUCUGAUAUUUUUGUCAACCUCCCAGCUCUCCGGAAGCUAGACAACAUGCUACUUGAAAUAUUAGAUAGUUUCAGCGAUACAGAAUUUUGGUAUGUUGAUCAAGGGAUUGUAGCCCCAGGAGCUGAUGGAUCAGCCACUUUAAUUAAACCCCUUCAGCGGCAAGAGGAGAAGUGGUGGCUUCCAGUGCCUCGUGUUCCUGCUGGCGGUCUCAAUGAAAAAACAAGGAAGCAAUUGCAUCACAAGCGUGAAUGCACAAAUCAAAUAUUAAAAGCUGCCAUGGCAAUCAACAGCAAUGCUUUGGCCGAAAUGGAAGUACCUGAAUCAUACUUGGAAGGUCUUCCAAAGAAUGGGAGAGCCUGUCUAGGAGAUGUUGUAUACCGGUAUAUCACUUCAGAUCAAUUCUCCUCGGAGUGCUUGCUUGAUUUCCUGGACCUGUCUUCAGAACAUGUUGCUCUAGAGAUAGCAAACCGUGUGGAGGCAUCAAUAUAUGUAUGGCGUAAAAGAAUGCACUCGAAACCCAUAAUUAAUCCAAGCCGAUCUGCUGCUAAGUCAUCAUGGGAGAUGGUCAAGGAUCUAAUGGUUGAUGUGGAUAAAAGGGAAUUGCUUGCAGAAAGAGCUGAAAGCCUCCUCAUUUGCUUGAAACAACGGUUCCCUGGAUUAACCCAAACUACCCUGGAUACCAGCAAGAUUCAGUUCAACAAGGAUGUUGGAAAAUCAAUUUUGGAGGGCUACUCAAGAAUUUUGGAGAGCCUGGCAUUUAAUAUUGUGGCACGUAUCGAUGAUCUUCUCUAUGUUGAUGACUUGACAACACAUUCUGGUAAGCUCUCAUCAGUUUCUACAGUCAGUGUAAUUGCUCACAAGAGGGUUUCAAUCCCAUAUUCAGUGCCUAUCUCGAGCACUCCAUAUAAAACUGCUUCUGCCACACCGAACUAUUCACCUGCACCAUUGAUUAGCCCUGCAAGGGGGGAGAGAACACCGUUCCUCCAUGGCAAUAGCAACAAGCCUCCUCGCCGUGGAUUUGGGGUAAAAAAGGUCUUGACUAAUUAUCUUGGUGUUGAAGCAAAAGUAAAAAACUGUGGAUAUCUAAUAGAAGGGUCAGGUUCAGUUCCAAACAAAAACAUUGAAGUCCCUACAUCUCAAACUGGCAUGGAAGUUCUGGAGCAUCAAAAGGAGACAUCAGCCCACCAAAAUGGGAAUAGGUUGCGGCAAAUUGAUCGCUGAGAAUUCUGUUGCUUAAUCCAGUGGCAUUGAGGUUGAAGACAUAUAGAGAAAAGAUACCUCAAUACAAAAAUUUACUGUUGACUUUCUUAGUUGUAAUUGAUUAUGUUUUAUAUUAUAAUGAGUUCAGAAUUUAAUUUAUUGCUUGAUUUUGUGGUGUCUUGUUAGUAUUAUUCAGAUCUACCAGUAUUUUGGUAAGACAA